GUUCAAACCAACAGCCCCUCGGUGUACACGUGCGCGACACACGUUUCUCAUUCUCAAAUCGCCGAUUUUUGCGCGCGAUCCGUCAAAGAAACAGACACGCAUUAAAAAAAUGUCGAUAAAUCACAUAUACCGAUGGCGAUCGGAUUUCAAUCCCGACGAUCCCAGCGUGACGAUCACGAUGAAGCAGUGGCCGCAUCAACAGCAACAGGGCACAACGAGCGAGGGCAGCAGCGAUCAGACAGAACAACAACAGCAGCAGCAGCUGCAGGCCCUCGUCGACGAUCUGGAAAUGAAUCCGUUCAUCGUCAAUAACAAAAAAGACAAGCCCGUGAUUCUGCACCUCGCCGACAAGCGAUUCGACUGGGAGUGGCUGCAGCAGCUCAUCAAUGAUCCGCUCGCCUGCUCCUUCUGCCACCUCGUGAAGAGGUACGUCGAGACGCCGAGCUGGGACGUGGCCGACAUGAAGAGGUCGUUGCUGAGCUGGGUGAACGACGCGAGAAACAGCUAUUAUCAGCAAUGUCAAGGCUACCUGAUAACGUUCGACAGUGUCCAAAUAGUGGCUUGUCAUAAUGCCGAGCAGAAGCAGCAGAGUGGCGAGAAACGCGUGAUCCCCGUGAUGGAGGUCCUGGGCAACGCUUACUUCAUGGAGAUUAAAAAAUGGAACAUUUACCGAGGUAAGAUAGUGGAAUUGACAGAGAGCCACCUGCGAGUGAGCCUGUGCGACGGCGAGUUCAUGGCCAAGGUGGACAGAAUCGAUCCGAGCAUCCCGGGACACGCGGCGAUUAAUUCAGCGCUGAGACUCGGCCAAGAGAUACGGUUCAUGUGCUCGCAAAUCGAUGACAUUGAUCCGCCGUACGAGCUGUACGGUUAUCUUUUAGACAUAUUGACGCCUAGUGGCUCUUAGGUUUUCAAUGUAUAAUAUUGUGUAUAUAUAUUAUUUGUAUACGUGCGGGGUCUGUAAAUAAUAAUUUUAAUGUUCGAGAGACGAAUGUGUAUAAAGAUUUGCGACAUCGAUCGGCUUCCCCGUCGAGGAGAGCCGAUUGAAUUUUAUGUACAAAAACUAUUGUUCAUAUUUUAUGAAUAUUACUUUAUAAUUUAAAAUGUACGAAGGGGAUAUCCAAGUAAUUGGAUAACAAUACUUCUGUGUCAAGAAAGAUGUAAAUAAACUACAUUGUUAAUAAAAAAAUGUAUCUAGUUAAUAUAAAAUUAUUUCAACAUUAUCGAAAUAAUAAAUAUUCGGCAUAA